CAGAGAAGUAGCAUGGCGACGACAGUUUGUACGCCUGAGCCCGUUGAAGCCACAAAACAGCACUCCGAUUCAUAGCUUUCGCUUCUUGGGUGCACGAUGGCUGCCAUUGCCGCCGCCCAGGUGAGAGAAGAGGGAGCUGCGGGCCAAACCAAAUCCCUGCAUCAUGACGUGAGCCAUUUGUGCUGUCUGUGUGUGGUUUGUCAUUCGGUUUGGUGCAGAUGAGCGCGGCGGUACGGGCGCGGCUGCUGCCCCAGGUAGAAGGCUAUCGGCUGAAGCAGGCUCAGGUAUCAGCCCAACAACUCACCAACCGACUCGUCCAUUCCAUGUGGUGCAUCCAGCGCUCAUCGGCUGCUUGCUUGUGUGUGUGUGUGUGUGUGUGUGUGUGGUGUGCAGGUCAACAGCUGCAUCGACCAACUCACACAGACGGACACCGCAGCUUCGAUGGCACCACUGGUGCGGCAGGCUGCAAAGAGCACACUGACAACCGCUGCACAAAGGCCUUUGUGCCAAGUUGCUCUCGUCUUGGUGAGUCAUUUGUCAGAUGGUGGAUAAGGUGAGUCGUCAAUUUCCUGCUGUGUCCGAGCUGCUGGCCGAGUUGACGGAGUCCAUCAACUCGACCAUCGCACUCACAAGACAUCGCCGCGCACAGGUGAGUGGGGGAGUGACCACAGGCAGGCACAAACACAAGACCCACACUGAUGUGGUGUGCACGUCUCAUGUGUGUGUUGUGUGCAUGUCCUUCUGUCUGUGUGUCAUCAGGCGCGACGGUUGCACCUGUACGACCUCCCCGCCCGGCCCCUGAGCGUCGUCAUCGCACAGUCUGACCUCACCGCUAUCGCCCGCUUCAAGUCGACUGCACGACCCAUCACCGACGCCAUCCGGCCGAUCGCCCGCAACCUUCGACUGCCGAAGGCCAUCGAGCGGGCGGGGCUGAGUGGUGUGGUGCAGUUCGACGAUCAGCUGAGCCACGGCGAUGUGAUGAAGGCCAUGUGGAUGGUGGAGGAGGGGGGCGAGGGCGGCUGGGGGGAGGUAGGCGAGACGCUCAGAUUCGCCGAGCAUGGCGGCUACUGUCAGCUGCCGGUCACUGUGGGUGCUGGAGACCUCCAGACACACGCCACCAAGGCGGUAAGCACGACACACAGAAGAGGCAAUGGGCGAGCUGCUGGAUGCGUGUGUGUUGGCUGCAGGACUUCUUGGCGCUGCCCCGUUUCUGUGUGCAGUGGAUGCUCGUCGGCCGCCAUGUGGCCUUCCAGCUUCCCGGCGGCCAGCAAGACGGCACACUAGAGCUGUUCCGCCACACCAAUGAGAUCCGCAUCAUCCGCAACGAGCCCAACUUCACCCUCACCAUCAACCCGCCCCUCCCCCUCCCCAACCGCGCCAUCCAUCCCUUCUCGCGGCACCCCUUCACCCACCACGCCAAGCCGCACGACCCGCCAGUCCGCCAUCGCAUUGAGUGGCAUGGGUGGCAGUAUGGUGUGGGCUGGGGGACGGGUGUUGUCAACAGGGUUUUCGCAUCGGCGAGCUGCAUGCUUAAGCGUCUGAUACUGCGUCACCGGGUGCGGACUCUGGGCGGCUGCUCGCCAGCAGUGGUGGUGGACCGGUGAGUGGACGGACGGCACGCAAUGAGAGGGCGAAUGGCUAUGUGGUGCGCAUUGAUGUGUGAGUUAGUCGUGUGCGGGGUGGCCACCUCGACAGCAUCAUGACCCGAUCACCGCAUACGCCCCUCAACGGAUGCUCGGGCGUGAUGGCUUACGGGCUGGCCAAUGGGCUGUGUGGGCAGCUGCAUGUGCUGACGACGUCGGACGACCAAUUUUUUGCAUGGAUCGCCUUUCGUAUCCAGCCGAGCGACCACCGAAACGGUACGCAUACACAUUGACAACACAUCCUCAUGCUGUCACGUUGUCUGAUCCUCUGCUGUUGUCUUUGUGCAGUGCGCGUCACCAUCGGUACCACCGAGGCUGCAGCAGCAGGUGUUGCCCAUGACGCCCCCUUCGCCCAGCGAUUCCCCCUGACGGCCGCCAAACCCCGUCGCGUCCUCGGCCCCAUCGCGGCCAUCGUGCUCGACGGCCAGGCGCCUUAGACACAGGGUGGGAACCACCCAGACGAUGCAGAGGGUACCUGGUGUGCGGAUUGUGUGGGUGUUGGGGUGUCUUCUGCAGGCUGACUGGCGUCACAGAAGUAGCUGACUGUCUGGCGGGCUGCGUGUCUGGCGGUGUCUGCAUUUCAUAUCUGCUGCUGCAUGAUGGACUCAUCCGGGGCCGUGUAGUGCGCGCACAGACAGACAGGUGCGGUGCGGCGUGUGAGCAUAUUCUGGUGCGAUGAAUGAUGGAUGCGUUUAGAAUGUGG